UCACCCAAGUAACCGACAAUCGCGAAACUCGUUCGCGUGGAAGAUUGAAGUUUGCUCCAUGGCUUGAAAACGACAUUGUCGGCUGUACUUGGCGCUAUGCUCACUGCAAACCACUGGCCGUGCAGCGUUCAAGACGUUUCGUGAGCAGGCUCGUAGCUCGCGAUCGACCAGCGUUGGCAGUGCCUGGGGUAUUGCGCUGAACGCGGCCGAAGCGAUGUCGGGCCAGAGUGGCGUCUGGGGCGAGCACCGGCAAGAGUUCGGGCUUCAGGUGCGCCUGCUGCUCCUCACCUACGGCAUCUCCUGCUUUGGCCUCGCUGACGUCCACACCACUGCGGCCGACUUCAUCGACACCGCCAACGACUACCUGGACUUCUAUAAGAAUUUCCACGGCAUACUUGUGAAGCUUCGCGUUCCUUCAGGACUAAAGCCUACCUUAUUUUUCGGCAUGCGUGUCCUCGGCAUGUUCUAUUCCAACCGGGAUGCCUUCCGGGACAGAGUCGGCAACGUGCUGCAGUUUGUCGACAUCUUCAUCUAUCAAACGCAUGUCUCCAGGAUUACGAAGACAUGCGUCAGCGUGUUCCCAUCUAACAGAUACUACCCUGGAAUCGAUGAUCAAGAUUCAUUUGACGACGCUUUGCGGACUCUCACACCCCCAAUUGUGUACAGGGACGACUUCCGCUUGCUAUUGUCCAUAAGCUUGAGCCUUUUACGAUUCAGCAUGAAAGGACCUGAUAUUGAAGAAAUUCGAAGGCCCUGCAAGAGCAUGGUGGCCUUGCCUUUCAAAGUGUACUGCAAUACCACUGGCUUCAGCGAGGACUCCGAAGACGAGCUCCAGAUUGGUGUCUAUCGUUUCAACGAGCGCAGAUCUUUGGUGGACACAUUUGAAACUGCUGACGUGAUUGAAUUCAAGAUGAACGACGUGAUGCGAGAGUACCACCUCAACGGCUUGGAUAUCGGUUUUGCUGCAUUUUAUUUGGAACACGAGGACUACCAGGGCGAAUGCGGAAACAGCUUUGCCAGACUCCGAAUGAUGUCCAAGUGUCUGCGAAAUUUCGUCUAAAAAAUACUUCUAAGUCAAUCGAGUUAGAUAAUAAAAGCA